CCUCGAAUAUCCAGAGGCUUCCCGGCUGUUGAGUUACGUUGCAAUUGACGCUGAUACAAGGCCUUCCGUUCUGGCAGUCACGAUGACGAACAAGAAGGCAAAGCGAUCCCGUGCCAGCAAGGCAACGACGACCUCAUCUGACUUUUCGGCCAUGGGUUCCGUCGUCAGCUCAACUUCAGCUGCCGCUGCCGCUGCCAUCGAGAGCUUUCCUCCCCCUACUACAAACACCGUUGCGAGCGUUACCAACAUAGAUAAACCUGCCCAAGCAAGCAUCUUCAUUGUCCAUGACAACAGCGAGAGCGGACUGUUGAAGCUCCCGAACGAGGUCAAGCAACGUAUCUGGAGCCUUGCUGUCACCGUCGAGGCGCCCAUUGAACCACAGCAGAUCCGUGAGCAUUCGAACAAAUUCAUCUGGUCCGAGGAUCAGAUUAACAAGAAGACUCACGCCAUUGAAGUCGGCGCCGUUCCCCAGUUGACGGCUGUUCAACUCGCAAAAGUCUGCCGUUCUAUCUAUGAUGACGUUGCGACCACCCAUCUCUUCUACACGGUCAAUGAAUUCCAUUUCGGAUACUCUGGCUAUCGAAACCAACCAGCAGCGUUAACCUACCUGGUCGCAAUCACUGAGCCACGUCGUAAUGCCAUCCGAAACAUCAAGGUUCCAUGGGUGUACUCGUCCAAAGUCGCUGGCGCCCAGUAUUUUACCUUGAUUACCGCAUGUCUGGGCCUGCAGUCGCUGGACCUAAAAUUGAACCGUAUCUGGGGUGUUCCGCUUUCUGGUGGCCCUGGAUUACCAGGUUUCAAAGAGUGUCUCGUUGCCGUGCAGGGCCUGAAGAAACUCACUGUGAGUCUUGAGGAUCACUUGUCUGGGGCUGGCUGGGAACGUGAAAAGGAGCAAACGGAGAGGUUGUGCAAGCAACUCGAGCCUCUCCUCAAAGAGCGCAUGGCAAUGAGCCGGUCUAAGACGUACAAUCUCACCAAGUUCAGGCAGGCGCAGCUCGUGGCCAAGCUUGAUGUUCAUGGAGAAGGAAGAUUGAGCAAGGAUAAAAAGCCCGGACAAGUUUCCAGUCGUACUCGACAGCAAGUUCGCAAUGUUGACAACAUGACUGCUGACGGGACGAUCCCACCCAGAGAUUCUCCCAAAUAUGAUCUCAAUGGUGAUCUGGCCUGGGUCAUCACCGCUAUAGAACAGUCAAGAGAAGCUGUUUUAGAGGGCAUCCAAAGUGUCGAGUUCCUCGUCAAGGGUGGUCCUUCGUACAGUGGAAAUACUUGGGAGAGAUUCUGUGUCCAAGAAGGCAAAGGAGAGAAGUUCUGGGAAGAUGUCACCGUCCUAAACUCACCCAAUUGCCGCCAUCGUAUCAAUGACUUCUACGAGAAGAACCUCAAGGCGUACGGAGCACAACUUGUUCUUGACGUGUGGAGACUGCGCGAAUUUGAACCUGGCUCAGAGGGGAAGACCAAGGUACAGACCGAGAAGCGCCUCGAGGCGACGAUUAAAGCUCUGGCUGUUGCUGAGAAGAAGGAAGCUGAAGAGGCUGCUCGAGUGGCCCGUGAAGCCGCCAAGGCCGAGAAGGCAGACAAGCAGGCAUUGAAGGUUAAGAAGCCCAAGCCGAGUAAAGGUCAUCGUUGAGAUUGCGUGUACCUUGAGCUUGGCAGUUCUCUCUUCGGGGAAUUUUUGGAGGGUGCGGGGGGG